AUGGAAGUUAAUUGUAGCCCAAAAUAUCAUGAGACACAUCUAAAUUUGAUGAAUAACCAAAACAAUAAAACUUUUUUUAAAAAUUAUAACUAUCAAAAUGUAAAUACAAUAGAAGAUGGAGAAAAAAAAAAAAAUUUUUUUUUAGGAAAAUUGAGUAUAUACAAAAAGUUAAAAUAUCUUAAGUUUUGUAAAUUAUAUAUUAAAAAGGGAAAAAGACAACGAAUAUUUAUUAAUAUAUUUUUUUUUUUUUUUUUUUUAUUAAUAUUAUAUAUAUGCUAUAACAAAAUAAAUAAUAUCAAAACUAUUUUUUUAAUUGGCUUAAUUUUUUAUAGUUUAUAUUUUUUAUUACUUUCUUUAUAUAUGUUUAGUACAAUAAUGAAUAGUGAAAAUGAAAAUUAUGAAAUUAUAAAAGAUACUGAAAAUAUGUCUAAAAAAAAUAAGUUAAUUGAAAUGCCACCAAAUGGAAUGUAUUUGCAAUGCUCUCCUAAUAACUUUUCAUAUAAUACAAACGAUAAAUAUUAUAAAACAUAUGAAAAUUGUUAUAUAAAAAUAAGUCAUGAAAACGGUAAUAAUAAUAUGUCCCAAUAUGACUAUAUAGAUGGUAACAACAAAAUUGGCAAAAUUGGCAAAAUUGGCAAAAUUGGCAAAAUUGACAAAAUUGACAAAAUUGGCAAAAUUGGCAAAAUUGACAAACUUGAUGAUGAUGAAAUUGUUUCCAUUGAAAGCAUAGCAAAACCAAUAAAAGAAGGUGCAGAAGGUUUUUUUGCAGUUCAAUAUAACUAUAUUUUUAAGGUAUCUAUUUUUUUUACACUUUUAAUUUUAUUAUUACAUAUACUUAGAGGAAAUUAUAUGAAAUUUCCACAGGAAUUUGGAAAUAAACAAAAUAAUUCUAUUUUAGAUACAUGUAUUUUAAAUAGUGACACAAACAAUUGUUAUGUUGUUAUAUCUCCAUUAUCAUAUGGUCUUAUAACUUGUGUUUCAUUUUUAUUAGGGGCUAUAUGUAGUUCAUUAGCAGCUUAUAGUGGAAUUUAUGUUUCAGUAAGAGCUAAUAUGAAAGUAUCGAAAGCAGCUACAUAUUCAUAUAAUAAAACUUUGGUAACAUGUUUUAGAAGUGGGACAGUAAGUGCUAUUGUUAAUGUAUCUUUAGUAAUAUUUGGUAUUUCAUUAUUGUUAUUAAUAGUAAAUAUAUUAUACCCAACUAUAUCUUUUACAAAAUAUCCUACCAUGAUUGUGGGUUAUGGUUUUGGAUCAUCCUUAGUUGCAAUGUUAUAUCAAUUAGCUGGUGGUAUAUAUACAAAGGCUGCAGAUAUAGGUGCUGAUUUAGUAGGGAAGAUUGAAAAAAAUAUUCCAGAAGAUGAUGCAAGAAAUCCAGCAGUUAUAGCUGAUUUAGUGGGUGAUAAUGUUGGUGACUGUGCAGGUCAAUGUGCUGAUUUAUUUGAAUCAAUAUCUGCUGAAAUUAUUGCGUCUAUGAUAUUAGGGGGUGCAUUAUGUGAAAAUAAUAUUAUCUCGGAUUCGGUUUGUAGUUAUUUUGUUUUAUUUCCUUUAUUUAUACAUUCAAUGGAUUUAUUUGUAUCAACAAUAGGGUCAUAUUUAGUUUACACAAAAAAGGAUAAUCUGCUAUUAGGGGGUGGUAAAAAAAGUUUUGAAAAAAAUAAUUUUGAAAAAAAUAAUUUGAGUCUCAAUUUGAAUGAAAUAACUUCAGAAAAUUUAGAAGAUCCGUUAAAAAUUAUGUUAAAAGCAUAUUUUAUAACUUGUGCUUUUUCUAUUUUAGGAUUUUCUUUAUUAUGUAAAUUUUUAUUCAGUAGCGUUGGUAGUGUCACAAAUAUUGAAGAUGGAAAUUAUAAUACAACAAAAGGAAAUGCAUGGAUUUAUUUUUCAAUAUGUGGAAUUAUUGGAAUGACUUGUUCAUAUUUAUUUGUCAUAUCUACACGAUAUUAUACAGAUUCAUCUUAUCCAAAAGUUAAAAAGAUAGCACAUGCAUCUUUAAGUGGACCCGCCACAAAUAUAAUAGCUGGGUUAUAUGUUGGGCUUGAAUCGACAUUUUUUCCGAUUAUAAUUAUAUGUAUAUCAUUGUUAUCUUCCUAUUAUUUAGGAAUACAGAGUAAUAUAAAAAAUGGGAAUGAUGUGAUAAAUGGUUUAUAUGGUACAUCUAUUGCAACAAUGGGAAUGUUAUCAACAUCUGUUUUUAUAUUAAGUAUGUCAAAUUUUGGACCAAUAGCUGACAAUGCAGGAGGAAUUGCAGAAAUGUCUAAACAACCUGAAUAUGUAAGGACAAUAACAGAUAAGUUAGAUGUAGUUGGAAAUGUAACGAAAGCCAAUACAAAGGGAUAUAGUGUCGGUUCUGCUGCACUUGCAUGUUUUUUAUUAUUUUCAGCAUUUCUUAGUGAAGUGUCUGAUAUAUCAGGAACAACUUUUGCAACUGUAGACAUUGCAUUACCAGAAGUAUUUAUAGGAGGUAUUUUGGGUUCUGCAAUUGUUUUUUUAUUUGCUGGAUGGUCGUUAGAUGCAGUUGGAAAUACAGCAGAAGAAGUUUUAAAAGAAGUUAGAAGACAGUUUAAUGAACAUCCAGGAAUUUUAUCAUACAAUGAAAAACCAGAUUAUCAUAAAUGUGUAUAUAUAAUAAGUAAAAGAGCAUUAAGUGAAACAUUUAAACCUGGAAUGUUAGGUAUUUUAGCUCCUAUAAUAAUAGGUAUUUUAUUUAAAUUUAUAGGAAUUUUACAAAAUAAUAAAUUAUUAGGAGCACAAGUUAUGGCUUCUUUUAUAAUGUUUUCAACUUCUACUGGUAUACUUAUGGCUUUAUUUCUAAAUAAUUCUGGUGGGGCUUGGGACAAUGCAAAGAAAUAUAUAGAAACCGGUAUAUAUGGUGGGAAAAAUAGUCCAGCUCAUAUUUCUAGUGUUAUAGGAGAUACUGUUGGAGAUCCAUGUAAAGAUACUGCUGGACCUUCUAUACAUGUUCUUAUAAAAUUAAUUUCAACAAUAACCAUGGUGAUAACCCCUCUAAUAGCUUCAAGACCAAACAAAUAA